CUGAAACGUAUUUGGAUUCUUAAAAAAGUGGAUCCCACUACUUCGCAAUCAUGAGAAAUACUUGGCUUUCACCCCGGAGUGCGAUUUUGGAAUACUGGACAACGGUCAUUGUGUGUCUUUUUUGGAUUCAGUGUUCAUUCGGGAUGCCUCAUGUCAUACGAAUAGGGGGUAUUUUUGAGGACCUCAGUACCUCAGGUACCUCAGGAGUCGGCGCACAGAGUAGCCACAGUACCCUUGUGAGUUCGGAGGAGUUGGCCUUCAAGUUUGCCGUGAACAACAUCAACAGGAACAGGACGCUACUGCCCAACACAACACUAACGUACGACAUCCAGAGGAUAAACAUCUAUGACAGCUUCGAGGCAUCCAGGAAAGCCUGUGAUCAGCUCUCCCUAGGGGUGGUGGCCAUCUUCGGCCCAUCCCACAGCUCCUCGUCCAACGCCGUGCAGUCCAUCUGCAAUGCCCUGGAGGUGCCGCACAUUCAGGUCCGGUGGAAGCACCACCCCAUGGACAACAGGGACAGCUUCUACGCCAACCUGUACCCCGACUACUCCUCGCUCAGCUAUGCCAUCCUCGACCUGGUGCAGUUCCUCAAGUGGAAGACGGCCACCGUGGUCUAUGAUGAUAGCACAGGCCUGAUCCGUCUUCAGGAACUGAUAAUGGCUCCGUCGCGCUAUAACAUCCGGCUGAAGAUCCGGCAGCUGCCGCUGGAGACCACGGACACGCGCCCCCUGCUGAAGGAGAUGAAGAGAAGCCGAGAGUUCCGCAUAAUCUUCGACUGCAGCCACGCCAUGGCCGCACAGAUCCUUAAGCAGGCCCAGAUGAUGGGAAUGAUGACGGAGUAUUACCACUACAUCUUCACCACGCUGGACCUCAUGGCUAUCGACUUGGAGCCCUAUAAAUUCUGCGGCGUCAACAUGACUGGCUUCCGCAUCCUGAACGUGGACAACCCCCAGGUGGCCUCCAUCGUGGAGAAGUGGUCGCAGGAGAGGCAGAUCCCGCCCAAGCCAGACUCGGGCCUCCUGGAGGGCAUCAUGACGACAGACGCGGCUCUGACGUAUGACGCGGUGCACAUUGUGUCGGUGUCCUACCAGAACGGGCCCGGCAUGACCGUCAACUCGCUGCAGUGCCACCGCCACAAGCCCUGGAGGUUCGGGGGCCGCUUCAUGGGCCUAAUCAAGGAGUCUCAAUGGGACGGACUAACUGGGCGUCUCUGCUUUAACAAAACCACCGGCCUCCGGACCGACUUUGACUUGGACAUCAUUAGCCUGAAGGAGGAUGGAUUGGAGAAGGUGGGCAAAUGGAGUGCCUCAGGGGGGCUGAACAUCACAGAGGUCCCCAGGAGAAGCGGCGUGAACAUCACCGACUCGCUCUCCAACCGCUCCCUGCUCAUCACCACCAUACUGGAGGAGCCAUACGUCAUGCUUAAGAAGUCUGACAGGGCGCUGGUUGGCAACGACCGCUUCGAGGGCUUCUGCAUCGACCUGCUGAAGGAGCUGGCCGGCAUCCUGGGCUUCACCUACGAGAUACGCCUGGUGCCCGAUGGGAAGUACGGCUCGCAGGACGACAAGGGCCAGUGGAACGGCCUCGUACGGGAACUCAUGGAGCAUAAAGCUGACCUGGCGGUGGCUCCCCUGACCAUCACGUACCUGCGUGAGAAGGUGGUGGACUUCACCAAGCCCUUCCUGAACACGGGGAUCAGCAUCCUGUACCGAAAGCCCAACAACACCAACAACGGCUUCUUCUCCUUCCUCAACCCCAUGACGCCCGACAUCUGGGUCUACAUCCUGCUGGCCUACCUGGGCGUUAGCUGCGUGCUCUUCGUUAUUGCAAGGUUUAGCCCGUAUGAAUGGUACGAUGCUCACCCCUGCAACCCCGGCUCUGACGUGGUGGAAAACAACUUCACCCUCCUCAACAGCUUCUGGUUUGGAGUUGGCUCUCUCAUGCAACAAGGUUCAGAGCUGAUGCCCAAGGCCCUUUCGACGAGGAUCAUUGGUGGAAUCUGGUGGUUCUUCACCCUCAUCAUUAUCUCCUCCUACACGGCCAACUUGGCAGCAUUUCUCACUGUGGAGAGGAUGGAUGCACCUGUAGACUCAGCUGAUGACCUGGCCAAGCAGACCAAGAUUGAGUAUGGUGUGGUUCGGGACGGUGCCACCAUGACUUUCUUCAAGAGGUCAAAGGUGACAACCUUUGAGAAGAUGUGGGCGUUCAUGAGCAGCCGCCAGAGCACAUCGCUGGUGAAAUCCAUUGAGGAUGGCAUCCAGCGGGCGCUGAAGUCGGACUAUGCCCUGCUGAUGGAGUCCACCACCAUAGACUACAUCACGCGCCACAACUGCAACCUCACCAAGAUGGGAGGCCUCAUCGACAGCAAAGGCUACGGCAUCGGCACACCCAAAGGUUCACCGUACCGUGACAAGAUCAGCAUCGCCAUCCUGAGUAUCAUGGAGGAUGGUCGUCUGCACGUGCUGAAGGAGAAGUGGUGGAACGGCGACCACUGUCAGCAGGAGGCGCGCUACGAGGCCGGCCCCAUGAGCAUCCAGAACCUGGGGGGCAUCUUCAUCGUGCUGGCCUCGGGCCUGGUGCUCUCCGUCUUCGUGGCCAUCGGCGAGUUCAUCUACAAGCUGCGCAAGACGGCGGAACGGGAGCAGAGGUCUUUCUGCAAUGCGGUGGUGGACGAGAUCAGACUGUCGUUCACCUGCGAGAGACGUGUGAGGCACAAGCCUCACCAGCCGCUGGCCUCCCUCCCGCAGCACGUGAUCAACAUGUACACCUACACCAACGACCGUCGCCUGCCCGGAAAGGACAGCAUGACAGCCUGCAGCGCCGGGAUGACGCCCGUGUUUCCAUGACAUGCCUCGGCGACGGUCACCUCCGUCACGUGCCGGGGGCGGCGACCGUUGCCGGG